UCCAGAUCCUCAUUUUCAAUAUCACCCUUUCACCAUCAUAAUUUCAGCUCCCCCCCAAUUCUUCACAGUAUCUUGCUUCUUUGAUCUCAUCUAUCCUGUGAUGAAGACUCUGAUCCAAGAAUUCAUCAUCACAUUAAAUGAUUUGGUCUAAAGUCACCACUCUACCCCAAUGGAUCCAAAGUUUCUAAGCAGUCCUAAAAGUAGUUUCUCAGGCAUUAACAAUCUCACCGUGAACAAAUCUGCUACAACAGAACAAGAUGAGACAGGAGACUACCCAGAUGCGACUCUAAAGUACAUAAGCCAGAUGCUAAUGGAGGAAGAAGACCUGGAGAACCAGCCUUUCAUGCUCAGUGAAUGCUUGGCUCUCCAAGCCACUGAGAAACACUUAUCUGAGGUGCUCAAAGGCACUGACAACCAGCCUGACGGUUUCUCUUGGGGUAGACAUCCUAGUAACUCUUCAUCUGACUCUUUGUUGAGUCCUUUUGAGGGCGAACAUGGUUUGGUAUCUCGGGCAAGCGGAGAAGGAGUGGAGGAGACCGAGAAGGACUUGUCACCCUCAAAGGGAAAAAGGAACCACGAUACUCCUUUUGAGUGCGAACACGGUUUGGUAUCUCGGGCAAGCAGAGAAGGAGAGGAGGAAACCGAGGAGGGAUCACCCUCAAAAGGAAAAAGGAACCACGAUAGUCCUUAUGAGUGCCAACACGGUUUGGUUUCUCGGGAAAGCGGAGGAGUGGAGGAGACCGAGAAGGACCGAUCACCCUCAAAGGGAAAAAGGAACCAUGAUUCAUCGCCUGGCAAUGAUUCUGCAGAAACCCACCAAAGCAAUAACAAGUACUCGGCGCCAAGUUAUUCAGAAGAAUCUGAGCCAAUGGACGAUAGGUACUACGAUUCCUUUCUAUGUCCCGUAGACAGAAAAAUAGUUGCCUGUCCCCCUAAGAAUAUAGAAAAAUCUGAACCCAAGGCAAGACGGAGAAACCGACGAGGCAAGAAGAAACAGCAAACCGAAAAGGACUAUGUGGAUUUCAGAGGCUUACUCACUCAAUGUGCACAGUCCCUGAUAAUUUAUGACAUCAAGGCGGCUAACGUGACUCUUAAGACAAUAAGGUUGCACUCUUCUCCUUAUGGCAACGGAAUAGAAAGGAUGUCAUUUUAUCUUGCCAAUGCGCUCGAGGCGCGCUCAAAUGGAAUGGGGACAUCACUGUACAUAUCCAAACAUCCAGACAAUAUAUCAGCUGCAGAUAUGGUGAAAGCUUUUCGGAUGUAUAUCAACGCAAUCCCCUUCAAGGUAUUAUCAACUAUAAUGGCAAACAGAUGCAUCGGAAAGCUUGUUGCUGCUGGAAGAGCAACCAGCUUGCAUAUCAUAGAUUUUGGAAUUUUAUAUGGUUUUCAAUGGCCAAGUCUCAUACAAGGUCUCUCGACGAGGCCCGGUGGGCCUCCAAGGCUUCGUAUCACUGGGAUAGACUUUCCCCAGCCCGGAUUCCGUCCUGAAGAGCAGGUCAAGGCCACGGGAAUUCGACUGCAAAAAUAUUGCAAGAGAUUUCAUGUCCCAUUUGAGUACAAAGCCAUAGCAACGAAAUGGGAGAGAAUAACACUCGAAGAUCUCGAUAUCGACAGGGACUACGACGUGCUGGUUGUCAACUGCUUGGACAGGCUAGGUACUGUGCCAGAUGAGACGAUGGUGCCCGAUAGCCCAAGAGACAUUGUACUCAAUCUCAUCAAGAACAUCAAUCCAAAUCUGUUCAUCCAUGCGGUUGUGAACGGGACCUUCAAUGCCCCGUUCUUUGCCACACGAUUCCGGGAGGCAGUCUUUCACUUCUACUCACUGUUUGACAUGUUUGAUGUGACUGUGCCAAGUGAAGACACAGACAGGCGGCUCUUUGAGGAAAUGUUGCUUGCAAAAGAUGUGAUGAAUGUGAUAGCUUGUGAAGGAACAGAGAGAGUAGAGAGGCCUGAGACGUACAAGCAAUGGCAAGUUAGAAGCCUCAAGGCUGGACUCCAGCAACUGCCACUCGACCAAGAGAUCCUCAAGUUUGUAACGGAGAGAAUGAAAUCGGAUUUCAAUAAGAAUUUCUCCUUGGAAGAAGAUGGGAACUGGAUGUUGCAAGGGUGGAAAGGAAGAGUACACCAUGCUCUCUCCUUUUGGAAGCCUAUUAACAACUAACCGAAUUAUUUUUUUGUUGCAAUUUAGCAAUGUCCAUUAGAAUCAACUUUAUUAUUCCUUCAAGUCUGUACUGUGAACCUUCCUAUUAGAUUAACUUAUCAUAAGUCAUAUGAUGGACAUAUAACUCAA